UGGACAGACAUUAAUAAGGAAGGAGAAAGAGUGCAAUCAUUGUCUUAAGUACAGGAGAGGUAUGAAACGUCAAACACCACAGAUCCUAAUUCAUCCUUUCGAUGUCUAGCUUGGUUCACAUUCCUUCGCGGGCAAGAAGUACCAGUAGUCUAACUUCUACCUCCAUGUCUAUUUUCCCUGCAGAACUUUCUGUACAAUGUUCGGGUGAAAGCGAUUCGCUUCUCCAAUCAGAGUCCAUCCAAGCAGAGGAAUCUAAACUCAAUACUUGGGCUCUGGCCUGUUUAUUGCUGCAACAUCUUUCCAAUACCUUCAAUACCGGAUUAUACCAAUUUGCGAUAUUCCUUUUCUUGAUUGAGGUCUAUGCAAACACACUGGUCCCUGCUUCUUUGGUUGGCCUUUUCUCCACGCUUUCGGGUCUGGUGUUUUCUGGAUGGGUUGGGGGUCUAGUCGACCGUAUGCCACGCUUGAAAUUUAUCAGAUUCACCAUAGGAGGCGAAAAGAUUUUCAUUGCUUGCAACUAUGCUCUUUUCAUAAUUUUGUUCGGUCCGUUACGGAGCGUCGCUCAACCAGCGUUCCACGGUCAAGCCAAGUGGACCGAUGUUGUGGCGGUUUGGAGCAUUUUACUAUUCACCAUUGGCUUCUCAAUUGGAAUCAAUCUGGCCAAUAGCGGAGUCACAGUAGCUAUCGAGCGAGACUGGGUUACCACCAUAGCACAUGGUGAACCCAACCAUCUUACUCUUCUCAACACAUACAUGAGGCGAAUAGACCUGUUCAGCAAAUUAAUGGCUCCUCUCUUUGUAUCCCUGUUGACUGCAAUUUGGAAUUACUCCAUAGCGACUUUCAUACUCUUAGUCAUGUCUUUGAGCAGUUUCGUCACCGAAUUCAUGUGGACAGAAGUUGUUUACAAACGAUUCCCAAUACUAUCAGAGGAUGAAGAAAUAAGAAAGGGCAAUAGUACUCUAUCAAUGGGCGAGCAUCAAUUUGAGGGAAAUCGAGUUUCUUCUGUGAAGUUAUUCAAGCAAUGGCUAAAGAGAGAAAGGGACGACUGGAUUGAGUUUUACCACUUACCUAUCUUUGCAAGUUCAAUCUCCAUGAGCACCAUUUAUCUCACCACACUUUCAUAUGAUGGUACUUUCAUCUCCUACGUCAAAGCCGCUAGAGGAUGGAACGAUAUGUUCAUUGCCCUGAUGAGGGGCUUGUGCGUUGUUACUGGGUUGGUUGGAACUUGGGUGAUGCCGCGGCUUGAGAAGAAGAUUGGCCUUGAAAGGGCAGGUGCCUGGUCCAUCUGGUUCGAGAUAUGUUGUCUUUUCCCCGGUUUUGAUAUCAUUCUUUGCUGGGGCAGGCAAGUAUGGCGAGCACGGACCUGCGUGGAAUUCUCUCGUUCUCUUCGGAGGAAUCGCCUUAUCCCGUAUAGGUCUAUGGUCAUUUGACCUUUGCCAGCUCAAAGAGCUCCAACUCGCACUUGAUGAUCAUCCCCGCCGUAAUCGCCUAACAGCCCUCCAAAUUUCUUUACAAAACCUUUUCCAUCUUCUUAAGUAUGCGGUAACCCUCUCUGCUUCGACUCCUAAAGAGUUCAAGUGGACUGCUUUGGUUAGUUUCGGCGCUUUGCUCGUCGGCGGAUGUUCGUACACCAUCUAUCUUCGAGGUGUCCGAGGACAUUUGAUACAUUUUGAUUGGUGCAGAAAGAUAAUGUAGAAUUGGGGGAGUUUGUUUAGAUGGCUGUUGUCAUACUGAGGGUUGAAGGCUGAAGGCGGGAGGAACCUUCUUAUGGUGAUUGUAGAUUGUAGACUUUUUGCUCAUAAGGAUAUGGAUAACAGCACUCGUUGUCUGAUAACAUCAAGACUGCUGCCCGUCUUACAUG